AUAUUGCCCGUGUCGCCAUUGAGACCGAGCGCAUAGUUGCUAUGGUGGAAAUUAUUAGUUGAAGGCUAGACAGUGUUUACCAACGAGAAAACACAACAGUAUUAACACGGUCUUACUUCAAACUGGCGUAUGUGUAAGCGUGCGUUUAUAAAAACGUCGUUUCGUAUUCGCCUAUGCGCUGCUGACACUUCUUGUUCAGGUUCUUUGUGUGUCGACAAUGGUUUGUUUUUCUCCGUCAUGAUCUCGGAUCGGAUCGUUUUAAAUGCAUGGUAGACUUGUAAUCACUCUUUUUUAAUCGACGGAGGUCUGUUUGGGGCGGAAAGAAGGGAAUAGGCAGGAUUUCAGCAUUUAGACAACAAGGACUUUGGACAGGGAGAUGGGAAAUUGUCUAAAAUCUCCCACUUCGGAUGAUAUCUCCUUGCUACACGAAUCGCAGUCAGACAGGGCCAGUUUCGGUGACGCAAACGAUCCGGAUCAGGAACCGCCACCUCCAUAUCAGGAGCAGAUCCAUGUGCCGGUUUACCACCCGACUCCCAGCCAGGCCCGGCUGGCGACCCAACUGACCGAGGAGGAGCAGGUGCGGAUCGCUCAAAGGAUCGGCCUCAUUCAGCACCUUCCCAGAGGUGUCUACGAUCCAGGCAGCGAUGGCUCCGAGAAAAAGAUUCGAGAGUGUGUGAUCUGCAUGAUGGACUUUGUGUACGGUGACCCCAUCCGGUUCCUUCCCUGCAUGCACAUCUACCACCUGGACUGCAUAGAUGAUUGGCUGAUGAGGUCCUUUACGUGUCCAUCUUGUAUGGAGCCCGUAGAUGCUGCCUUGCUCUCGUCCUAUGAAACUAACUGACUACUGCCUGAUUUCCCAACAUCUUAUACACACAGCCCUUGAGUCCCGUUCUCACAUUGCCCCUUUGUACACGGAGACAAACUGUGGAAUGGUGUGCCUGUGGCAUUAUGGGAUGGAGGACCUAAGAGACCACACUGAUCAUUAACCUCUCCUGUGUUGUCCUGCUGGACAGGUAAACCUGCAGGAGCCGUUUUGCACCCUUACGACUUUAUCAUGGGAUUCCUUCAUGAAUGACACCCAGAUGAGCCGGUCACGCACCAUUCCACAGUAGCAACACUUACACUGGAAGGAGAUAAACCAUCAAGAAACAUACUGGAACACAAACAACACGUCUUCAACAUUCAGUCGAUAUUUCUUUUUUUCCUAGUGUGUUUUUCAUAAAGGGCUCAUUUGGUUUCUGCCGAAAGCGCAGUGGAGCGAAACAGCAAAUGGCAUUGCACACAUAUAUACACACCUACAUAUAUUCAAAGAAAGAAGAAGAAAAAAACAGUACAUUUUGCACUUUCUGAUAUUAUCCCGGCUAUACACACGUGCACGCAGGAAUCAUCCCUUUAAAACUUUUAUUUAACAAUCUUAAAUUAGUUUUUGAGUUUGUAUGUUUGUCUUAAACUGCUUUAAAACUUCUGCCUGCAUUUUUUCAAUUGUUUUAUGUUUGUUAUUGUUUUAUUUCUGUAGUGGUUGUGAGCACCCAACCUGAAUAGAGGGUUUGUUUGUCAGAAUCACAAGAGCAAAUACAUUCUUACACCGUUUCCAAAGCAGACAAGGUCUUAUGAAAUGUGGCUUUUAAAUCGGUUCCAUUCACUUCUGAGUUUUUGAACACUUGAUUUUAAUCUUUAUUGGUGGCACUACCCUAUUCUUCAAAUCGAAUUGGUCCAAAUUUGCUUCACAAAACAGUACGACAUCAUAGCUAGCCAGUAACAGAAAUGAAAUAUAUCUGAUUGGCUUUUGUUUUUAUUCACUGGAAAUUUGUCACAUCAUGCUUUAGGGGACACAGUAAGAAAUGGCAAGAUGCUUUUUAAAGUGGCACAAUGAUCUUUCCUUUUGUCAUGGACUUUACAAAAUUCUGCUAACACUAUUAUGUUAGAUUUUCAUGAGGUUUCAAUUAGCACUAAAAUAGCGCUGAAGUUGUUUGGUCGCGAUGCCUAAAGCAUUAACGGGUGUUGACCAAUUUUACUGUAAAGUAUUUCUCAAAGAACAUUCAAACUUGUACUGCAUACAAAUGUUAAACAUCUGGUGUUGACAGCUCUCAGGCAUUGGGUGAACUAAAUGUUAAGUUUUUAAUUUUGUGAAAUGCUUUGUCUUUUUCCUCUACAUAGUAGAUUGAAAAUCGCCACUGUUAGUGUAAUAACUCAAAGAAAAAAUGCAUUUACAGACAAAACACUGAAGGUCACGUUGAGGUCAUCCAGAGUGUCACCCGUGAUAUUAGUAUGACUAAUGCAAUAUAGGCCAUUUUGACACAUGAAAGUACACAUAUGAGUGUACUUGUUUCACCUUUAUUUACAGUGUGUUUGUGUAUUUCAACAGUAUAUUUUAUUGUUUUAAAUUGUAUUUCCGAAUACCAGAUUCUUUGAAAGAAGUCUUUAUGACAUCAUAAGGGACUCGUAACCUUAAAAAAAUAAACACAUCAGAAUCUUUUGUUCGGUUCAGUUGAAUACGUUUUUCCCCUUUUGUUUAUUGUGUGAAAAAAGGAUACACCUCUAAUUCAAAGCGAAUUAAAUUGACAACAGGCACUCCUGCUGGGAUUAAGAUGAUCACUCCCAAUUUAUUAUUUAUUGCCAAUAAACUAUUUUGGCGUCCACCUGCUUUACGUUUGGUGGAAUUAUAAUCAGUCCUCUUUCUUUCUCUCUAUGACUGUAAAAGAAAGCACAAGAGAGAAUUGAAAGCGAAUAUCUUAGAUUUUAUAUAAAGAUAAAAGAACGGAUAGAAAUUCGAACUGGCAGUGGGAAACGUGCCUCUUCUCAGUGCUUGAUAUUAUCAAAGUGAGGCAUGAAAUCGGUCCCCUUACUCAAAAUUGAAGAAAAUAAGCUCUGGUGGUUAGUGGCUGCUAUUAAAGUGAAGAUAUGUUUUUCUUGUGCUUAAAAACAUGCCUUGUGUGGAGUGACUGUAUGUGUAUAGUUAAUGAAGUUGGGGUUAAGUUCUUCAUAGAAAAUCCAUUGAGCUGUUUUUUGCACAGUAGUUUAGUUCUAGUUUUUGUUUCCUUGUUUUUUUGGCCUCUCCAUACAACGUGGAGCUCCAUUGCCUUAGACAAGCAGGAGACUUUUGGCUGGACGUCUUGGGCCGGCAGGGGCUCUACACCAGCAUUGGCAGGAUGGAGUGACGUGUGACCGAUUGGAAGUAAUCGACAACGGGUCCAUGGACCCCGGAUCACGUUCACAGACACUCUGAGACAUGUUAUCAAUGCAAUGCCAUACAUAAAACUGAUACUCCAUGAUGUGCUGGGAGCACAUGGACAUGAUCUAUGAUCUGUUUGUAUGUGACACGUGUGUGUAAGGCUGUGUGAGUCUCCCGUUUGUUACUCUGUGAAUAUAUAUACAUAAAAAUGUAUGUAUAUAUAAAGUUAUGCAUCUUAUCUGUACUACAGGCAAAUAAUAAAUAGAAUUU